GAGUCACGUACCGCUGAAUGAAUCCCAAUCUGCCCAGCAAGCUGCAAGGAACCUUCUUGUGCGAGGAGGUGGAGCAGCCUGUCACCAUCAAAUGGAAGCGUUUUAAGGGCGUGCACCGUUGGAAAGGUGUUGGGAGGACUCAGGAGGGGAUGCUCUUUGUAUGCAAGGUCUUGAGGGCCUCAUGUGUGGAUACAGUGGUGUUUAAAGCUGCAUUUGAGCUCAGACUGUUCGGCAUUUGGUAAGCAGCAAGAGAGAGAACUGCCGCAGCUUGGCAGUGAGAUUAGUCUGACAAAGCCUGUGCAGUCGCAGUGUACACUUACGCAGUAUGGCGGCAGCAAUCGGAGCCGUGUCCAAGACUCCCAGCGUAUCUUGCUGCCAUUCCAUCCGUGCAACGCAGUCCUCUUUGUCACAAAGCAAUGACGCAACAUUCUCUGUCUCAUAUGACUUGGGACUUCCAAGACGCAAGUCUUACCUGUCAGGAGUGAACAGCAGAACCAGGUUCGGCCAGAGACGUGCUUCUGGCAGCAUUCAGGUCAAUGCACGGGAAUCUCGGGAGAGUGUGCGCUUCCAGGCAGUGCAGCGCUUCUCCCCUAACGGUCACAUCCUUCUUGAGAGGACCGGCCAUGGGUUCCAAGAGAGCACCCCCCCCUUUGCAACUGUGUCCGUUGUGGCAAGGCGGGCGGGCCUGCCGCCUCCAACUGCAUCGGAGGGCCUGAUAACCGAAGCGGGCCCCGUCGGCAUCCUCGAGCCCGAGGAGAUGGAAUUAUGGCUCUCCGAGGUCGAGUGGGUGGAUCCCCGUGUCGACAUCGACCCCAUCAGCAUCUCCCGCGCGGCGCGCCUCCAGAUGAAAGCCGACGCCGCGGCGUCCACCGAAUCCGCUCCCCGCAGAGUCGUGACCAGUGUGCGGAAGGCCCUGCCCCCGAGUGUCGGCGGCUCUCCUCAGAGGUUCACCGCAUUCGCCGCGGCUGUCCUGCUGGUUCUCGCGCUCCUGUGGGCCCUUUUCAGGAAGAAGGCGCCGCAGACUGGGGCGGUGAACAGUGCGUACGGGAACAGUCCGCCGGGGACAGGGCCCAGCGGCGUGGCGAAGAGCGGGGGGCAGUACUCGGCGCUGAAGAGCGCGAGGGCGGACGCGAGUUACAAAGUGAGGCAGGCGGGGAGCGUAGCAACGGAUGCGAAUGACGAGGCCAAGAAGAGGGCGCAGGAGUCGCUGGCGGACCUGCGGAAGAGAGUGGAGAACGUGAAGCGGGCAGACGACAAGUUUGCGCAGGUCAAGAAGGAGGCCAAGGAAGAACCAGACGCGGGGAAGAAGACGAUCAAGGGCCUGGUCAAGGAGGCGGAGAAGCGGGUGGAAGGGAGCACCGGGCGGAAUGGCACAGGGGACAGCCUGAAGUCUUCUGGGGGGGUCAAAACGCAGCCUGCAAACGGGGGGGCGCGGGAGGACGGGAGCUCCGGGCGCAGUGGCUCGGGGGACAGCCUCAAGGCCGGGGUCAGCAAGACGGUUAUCAGCGGGGUUAAGGGUGCCCCGACUAAGGGGAACGAGCAGCUUGUCAAGAGCGCUGUGGGCGAUCCUAAAGCCAAACUGAGCGCAAAACCUCUUCCUGAGAAGAACGAGACUCCGGCGCCGAGUACCGGGGGGGGAUGGCAGUGGCCCAAGAAGCAGGAGACAGUCGCAAGCGGUGUCGAGGGUGCCGACCCUAAGAAACUGGAGAGCUUGGUCACGGAGUCGGUGGGCAACCCGAGCGAGACGGAACAGGGGGCAGCAGGGUCGAAGCCAGCAGCCGGCAGCGUCUCCCCCCUGAAAGCAAACUCUGCGGAUGCAGUCCUGAGGGGCGUAACGCAGAAGCCAGAGAACGGCGCGAGCGUUACGGCGCCCAAGACGCCGCUCCAAGUGAACUCUGCCGACUCUGUCCUGUCAGGGGCACAGAAGUCGCCGAACUUUGGGAGGGGCUCGGGCGAGCUUUCGUCUGAGAUUGAGGGGCUGUCCAAGCUUCUGAAGCAGGGAGAGAAGCCCCGGGCGGAUCAGGCGUCGGGGAGGGGGCCCUCACGGGGAAGUGAUGAUGUGGCGAGUCUGAUGUCUGAGCUCUCCAGCGUCAUGCAAGCGAGCAAGAAGAGUGUGGCUGCCAGCCGCGAGAGAAACGGCUCCAGCGCAUCUGCUGACGUCAUCUCCAGCACUCCCACCACCCCCCAGGACGGCCCCGGCGCCAAGAUGCUCGCCGCGAGCAGCACCAAGAGUGACGCCGUCUCCAAAACCCCGGCGCAGCCGCUGGGGGGAUCCCCGCAGAUGCUGACCGCAAAGGCGGGCGGGUCUGACGCCAUCAGCAAGACCCCCACGAAACCGGUCGCGAACGCUGCCGCGCAAGCGCCAAAUGCGGCGCAGGCGACAAAACCGGUGCAAGCAUCGAAGCCCGUGGAAACCUCGAAGCCCGCCGCAACCCCAAACCCCAGCGAUAAUAACAACUUCUUCAAUGCCCUUCCCUGGAUACGGGGCGGAGGUAACGCUGGCGUCCUUUCCCAGACACCGACCAAGCCGCUCGACGGGUCCGACACGCCGGCCAUCCCUGCUGCUUCUGGGAGCGUUGACGUCACCAGUCGAACCCCGACGUCCUCCGCGACUGGUUCGGUUAACGCCAAACCCUCGUCGGUUAACCCUUCCCCAGCAACGACUCAGUCCUCGGGGGUUCUCUCCCAAACCCCGACCGGUUCCAUUGGCAGCGGCCUGGGCCAGCAAACCGGGGGCAAAGCCUCUGACGUCAACUCUCAGACUCCGACGACCCCGGCAGAGUCCGCAAAGCCGCCCGAAGGCGAUGCUAAAAGCGGACGACCUUUCAGCUGGUUCAGGGGCAAGAACGACCAACCGCCUGGCGCCUCGGUCCCCGCGGUUGCUGAGGAGCAGGUUACGCUUCCAGUGGUUAGGGAGACGCCUCUGCCUCCGGUUGUGAGCGAGAGGGCGCCUCUUUCGGUGGCCAGACCGACGCCGCCGCUGCCGGUUUUCAAGAGCUCGGCAGCGCCGCCGGCCGUGAGCGAGGCGACCAAGACUGCGGAAACUGAUGACGAUGCGAAGCGUCGGAGCGACCUCAAGGAGGCGCAGGACAUCCUGCGAAAGAUCCUGGUGGAGGACCUGCCCCUGCCCAAGCCGAAAAAGGAGCGCGCGCAGCUCGUCGCCAAGAUCCAGAACGUGCUGCCCGCUGUGGCCAUGAGCGUCGGGGCCGCUGGAGCGUUUACUACUGGACUCGACGGCGCUUUGGAGACGGUCGGCUUCGCUGCGCUGGCGUCAUUUAGUUAUUCCACGCUGCUGUGGGCCAGCAAUCGGGAGGGCUUGAAGAAGGACAUCGAGGAGAUCAAGAGCAGCAAGGACCUAGCCGAGUUCCUGAAGGAGAAAGACAUCACCCCCGAAUUGUAAGGACGGCAGCAGGGGACCGAGGCGACCUUAUAGAGGUGUCCAGAUUUGAGGCGCAAUUGUGUUGAGUUUCAAUCAUGAAGCUGGGUGGUCGAAGGCCACUUUUUGGGCUCGUUUUUGGUCCACUCGCAUCGGCUGCAUUUGCAUGUUUUGCAUGCGGCCGGUUGUGUAGGGGGGAGGAAGCUCGUGUAACGUGUGAGGCCACCGCAUGACAUUGUUUGGGCGUCAUUUGUGUUGUUGUAACUAGGCUUAGGUCUCUGUACAAUGUUAGAAAUGUCCGGAACAGGUCCAGCUUGUCUGGUCUCCAAACACUUCGACGAUUCAAAACGCGAUCGUUUCCUCUAAAAGCUCACAAACGGCCAGGGAAGAGAUACUAUGAUCAAACUUACCUGUCUCACGUGGCGGUGAAGACCUGAUGCGCCAGGAUAGCUGCACAGAAUGCCGCCAUCAAAUGCAUCUUCGGACUAUACAAACUUCAGCUAUAGUAAGCCUGGGUAGACUGUGGUGCUGAUGUUUGGCAAGGAGUGACGAGCGCUUCAUGCGCUUCUUCAUAUAAACGCCAGUUAAUGUAACCCUAGAUACAGCUGUAGUGACGUUCUACUUUAAUAAGCACGCUCGGCUGUAGGUCCUCACACUCACGUGAUAUAUAUACCCGGACUCGGAUGAUGGAC